AUGCUCCACUUGCAGGGCCCACAGAUGCUACAGAUGCUAGAGAAAUCCUUGAGGAAGAGUCUCCCUGAGUCCUUAAAGGUUUACGGAACUGUCUUUCACAUAAACCAAGGAAACCCUUUCAAGCUAAAGACCCUAGUGGACAAGUGGCCAGAUUUCAAUGCAGUUGUUAUCCGCCCUGAGGAACAGGAUAUGACAGAUGACUUGGAUCACUACACCAACACCUACCAGAUCUACUAUAAGGAUCCCAAGGCAUGUCAGGAAUUCCUUGGCAUCUCCAAAGUCAUCAACUGGAAACAACAUUUGCAGAUUCAAAGUUCACAAUCCAGUCUGAAUGAGGUGAUAAAAAAUCUUGCAGCCACUAAAUCCUUCCAGGUCAAGCAAACACAACGCAUUCUUUAUAUGUCUACCCAAACAGCAAAGAAAUUGGUUCCCUCUCUGCUAGAAGCAAAGAACUUAUCUUCUGAAUCUGUCAGACCCAAGGCCAUCAAUGAAGAGAUUUUUAAACACUCGUCCCUGGAUGUCACACAUGCCGCCCUGGUGGAUAAAUUUUGGUACUUCGGGGGAAAUAGAAGGAGCCAGAGAUUCAUUGAGCGCUGUAUCCAGACCUUUCCCAACUUCUGUCUGCUGGGGCCCGAGGGGACUCCUGUAUCCUGGGCCUUGAUGGAUCAGUCUGGAGAGAUAAGGAUGGGAGCUACUUUACCCAAGUACCGGGCUCAGGGCCUUGCCUCCUAUGUUCUCAAUUCCCAGAUCCAGGCUACCAAAAAACUUGGCUUCCCCACCUACUACCAUACUGACAGAGCCAAUAAAAUCGUACAGAAGAUCAGUGACACUAUGAAUUUUGUCACCAUGCCCUGUGACUGGAACCAAUGGAAAUGUGUCCCUCUAUGA